UUUUGAUAUGAGAAAACCCUAAAUGAGAGAGAGGGCCGCCACUUCUUCAGAUAUCAUCUUUUUCUAAAAAAAUGGUUACUUUCAGGUUUCACCAGUAUCAAGUUGUUGGAAGGGCUCACCCAACGGAGAGCGAUGGACAUCCCAAGAUUUACAGGAUGAAGCUUUGGGCCACCAAUGAUGUUCGAGCCAAAUCCAAGUUCUGGUACUUCCUGAGGAAGCUGAAGAAGGUUAAGAAGAGCAACGAUCAAGUCCUCGCCAUCAAUGAGGUAUAUUUGCCUUUUAUAAUUUACUCUGUAUUAACUGAUUUAUUGUUGGGAUGUUUUGUUGAAAAUUAUUGUUGGAGCCACUGCUUUGAGGGAAGAUCAAGGUGCCGUUGCACCAUCUCCGAUGGAAAGCGCGGGCGUGGCACUGGGUGUUCCGGCUGCAUUAGCUGCCUUGGCUUCAAUGGCUGCAUGUGGAGCACUGCUUUGAGGGAAGAUCAAGGUGCGGUCGCAUCAUCACCGAUGGAAAGUGUGGGCAUGGCUCUGGGUGUUCCUGUUGCACUAGUUGCCUUGGCUUCUAUGGCUGCAUGCUUCUUUUGA